UAUACGUACAGUACUGCCAAGGCAACAGAAACAUCACUGCUCUUUGACUAUGGAAACAGAGAGACCCGAUGGAUAUGUAACUAGUGAUAAUGAGCUUGUGCCCGAGAGGGACCACUCCAACAUGGCCAUAGACCUGACCUCCUGCACACCUAAUGGACAACAUUCCUCCCCGAAUCACAUGGCAAGCACAAACUCAGUAAAGAUGGAGAUGCAGAGUGAUGAGGAAGGGGAUAGGAAGCCCCUUCGCCGAGAUACUCCAAUCCAGUCACAGGAUGAUGAAAGCGGUUUGGAAGAGCACCUGUCCGAAACCAAUGGGAUCUCAGACAGUCGCAUGAAUCAGGAGCUGUCUCUUGAUGGUGGAAUCCGGCUUCCGAAUGGUAAACUGAAAUGUGACGUCUGUGGCAUGGUUUGCAUUGGCCCCAAUGUGCUAAUGGUCCAUAAGAGAAGUCACACGGGGGAGCGCCCUUUCCACUGCAACCAGUGUGGAGCAUCAUUCACUCAAAAGGGGAAUCUUUUGCGUCACAUUAAAUUACAUUCUGGGGAGAAACCCUUUAAGUGUCCAUUCUGCAGCUACGCCUGUCGAAGGAGAGAUGCACUUACCGGCCACCUCAGAACACACUCAGUUGGUAAACCUCAUAAGUGCAACUAUUGUGGCCGGAGCUACAAGCAGCGAAGCUCCCUUGAAGAACAUAAAGAGCGUUGUCACAACUAUCUACAAAAUGCAGGACUGGAGAGUGGCCAUGGAACGGGGCCUCAUAGUGCAUCUCCUAUGGAUGAGUGUAAGAAUCCAGAGAUCCUGAUGGAGAACAACAUGUCUUUGAUAUCCUUUGAAAGACCAGCUGUCAUAGAGAGAAUUGCCAGCAACAUGGCGAAGCGUAAGAGCUCCACCCCACAGAAGUUUGUGGGUGAGAAGCUUAUGAAGUAUGGUUAUCCAGAUUUGCACUAUGAUAUGAAUCUGGCUUAUGAAAAGGAAGCAGAGUUAAUGCAGUCUCAAAUGAUGGACCAGGCCAUUAGCAACGCCAUCACCUACUUGGGAGCAGAUGCACUGAGACCGCUGAUACACCAUUCCACUGGCGCCAUAGCCGAGGUCCCCCCUGUUAUUGGUCCAGUUUACCCUCAGAUGUACCAUCCAGGCAGGAUGGAGCGGCCAACCAGCAGGGAAACCUCAGACAGCAAUGACAAUAACAUUGAUGGCCCAAUCUCCCUUAUCAGACCAAAGAGUCACCUUCAGGAGAGAGAGGUAUCGCCCAGCAACAGCUGUCUGGACACCACUGAUUCGGAAAGCAGUCAUGAUGAUCGACAGUUAUACCAAGGGAACCAUGCCUUAAACUCCAAGAGAAAACCGAGUCCAAUGUAUCCCAAGGAAGACGGUAAAGCUCUAGAUGCCACAAAGGCUACUUUGAGCUCUUCCAAAGAUGUCUAUCGAGUCUUCAAUGGUGAAGGAGAUCAGGUCAAAGCCUUCAAAUGUGACCACUGCCGUGUGCUUUUCCUUGAUCAUGUCAUGUACACUAUCCACAUGGGCUGUCAUGGAUAUCGGGACCCACUAGAAUGUAAUAUUUGUGGUCACAGGAGUAAGGACCGCUAUGAAUUCUCUUCACACAUUGUGCGGGGGGAGCACCCUUUCCAAUAG